GAAGGGGUCUGACCACACAGGCACACAGACAGUGCAGUAUGUUGGUUUUGAAUGUCUUCUACUAUGGAGCGUUGAUGCUGUGCUGGACCAGGCUUUGUGUGGCCCUGCAGGUCUCACAUGGACGGCCACUUAUCCCGGCCCACGGCCCCACAAUAACAGGAGUCCACCACACAGAGACCACAGAUGGUUUGGAAAUAAAAAAUGCAGAGCCAUCAACAGAGACCUCAUCAGCCUCCACCGUUUCUCAACACAUCCCUCACCAUGCACUGUGCUUUGUGCAUGACAUAUUCGCAGCAUUGCGUGAUGUGGGGAACGACGGUGAACUCACAAACUUCAGUUUGGCCCUGUUUGGAAUCUGCACAGUAUCUGAAAAUUCAUCAGGCUCGGCCUUAUUAGAUCUUGCUAAGGAAACAAACAGAAACCAGAUAAAUGGAUUGGAGGUUUUGCAACCAGCUGGAGUGCUCCUGGCAGAGGAAGACAAGAGAGGAGCGCUUAAGUUCACCUUUGACCUCCCACAGUCACCUUUGCUCAAGCUGAACCCUGUGCUGCUCUUGGCGUUUGAAAGUCCCCUCACAGGAAGAAACCUGGACGUCACUUUCACUAGUCAGUCACUGCAUCCUAACACACAGUCUGUGUGCAUUUCAGGAGAAACACAGUACAUAAUGCUGACAGGAAAAGCAUCAGAUGUUCACCAGAAAUGGAGGAUUUCUGUUGAGACAAAAUCCCCUGAGAUGAAACAAAGCCUGAAAGACAUCCUUAUUGGUGGAAAAUCAGGAAGUAACUUCACCAUGAGUCCACUUCUGCUUUUCUCUGGGGAAACAGGAACUGAUACAAGAUAUACACAUGUUUCAGGUUCCUCCCCAGCCUCGUCACAGACCUCCUCCUUCCUCUGUGAGCUGAAGCGGUUCUUGGGUGAUGUCCAGCCUCAGGACCAGCCCGAGUCCUCUCCUGUCAGGCUGGACUCCUUACAGUCCCUGCCUCCACUGACACUAGGCUUAUCCUCCAGCGAGGCCCUGCUGGCAGGACUAAUGAACUCCUCGGCCCCCACCUUCUUCUCCUUCUCCAACUGGUGCUCCAUGUUUCAGGUGCAUGGAGAGUUGGCCCUGUCUCCUGCACUGUUGGAGGAGCUCAGGCAGAUGUUGGAGCAGACUGUGAUGCAGAUAAUGGAGGUAAUAAGGGAGGAGGAGGUCGGUCAUAGAGCCACGGAGAGGCUGGGGAGGCUCAAAGAACUUAGUGCUUUGCCAGCGAAGGAACCAGCAGCAGGAGACAGCCAGUACCGUGCAUUUCUUCUGCUGAAGGCCCUGAAGACAGUGGCCCGAACGUAUGAGGUGCAGAGAGGACUGCGGGCUACCAGAGCUGGCCCCAACAACCCAGUGAGGGGCAACAUAUGUGGCCUGAGGAGCCUCACUGUGUCCCUUGAAAGACGUCUCAUGGGUCCAAACUCUGCCAACAUCAAUAAUUGCCAUGGCUCUUGUGCUUUCCCCCUGGUCAAUGCCAACAACCAUGCCGUCCUGCUCAACUCCCACAUCGAGAGUGAGAAUGUGGACGAGCGGGCGCCGUGUUGUGUGCCUGUGGCAUAUGAAGCCCUGGAGGUGGUGGACUGGCAUGAACAUGGGACUAGCCUCUCCAUUAAACCAGAUAUGGUAGCGAAGGAGUGUGGAUGCCGCUAAAGCUGUUUUCUUCUUGGAGUGUACUUGUGACACAAAAGAUAUUUUACAUCUUUGGUUUAACAGUCACUGACCAUAGUUAGAAACAUAUCACUUAAAUGUUACGAUACUGUCAUUUAUUUAUUCACACAGUAUUAAUACACUGGGAGUAAAUGCACAUUAUUUCACAGAAGUGUCUUUAUGCUACAUACUUUCACAUAUAUAGACAAUAUUUGCAGUAGAUGCACACAGCACAGUGUUUCUCACACUUACAAAUAAUCAAAUGUAUUGAAACCAAAAACGAUUGUGUUCGAGGGUGGGUCUUUGUCUUCAUGUAAGCCAAAUAUAGUAUUAUCAUCAUCAAACAUCUUAUCAUUCAUAAGACCACUUUUUGUGGUUUUAAUUAAAAUUCCAAUAA